GAGCUGGGUUCGAGCCCCAUGUUGGAGGUGUGGACGUAACAUUGUUCGGACAAGCGACUGCCUUAGCGCAUCUAUAUGCUAUGAUGGUAGAGUUGUGAAUACAGUGAAAUGCACUAACGGGCUGGUAUACUCCAUGCAAGCAAGAACAUGCAUCUGGCCGUCCGAUACUCGGUGGAAUGAUUGUGGAAAGACCCUACCACGGAAACCUUUGGAUUACUUCAGCUCCACAAAAUUGCCAACAACUCCUAUACACCAACCUACACACGCACCGACACAAUGGCCAACACAUGCACCCACGUACUGGCCAACACACGCACCUACUCCUAGGCCAACGCACGCACCUACUCGAUGGCCAACGCAUGCACCAACCUCAAAACGGAAGCAUGCAUCAACGCUAAAGUCCACGUACGCCCCAACGCCCAAACCGACGUAUUCCCCUCCAACAACGACAACACAGCAGCCUAGUACAUCAGGACCGGCACUGCCAGGAGCCUGUGGCGUGAAGGCAGAACCGUUUAUAGUAGGCGGGGAACUGGCUGAAGAGGGUGAAUGGCCUUGGCAGCUGUCCAUUAAUCACUACUUCAGCUCAACGGACACAUUUCGGCACACCUGUGGUGGGGCCCUGAUCAAUGACCAAUGGAUGCUAACGGCAGCCCACUGUGUCAGUUCGGAAGAGUUCCUAUAUAACAUCAUUGCGAAUGCCUAUAACCUCUUUCUGGUUUCUGGAAAAGAGAUUCGGGUCGGCGUGAGCAAAAUAAUUCAACACCCUGAAUAUGAAGAAAAUCCCCUUUUUUUGAACUACCCGAACGAUAUUGCCCUUGUGAAGUUCUCGGACAAAGUAGAGCUUGAUGUCGUUACGCCUAUAUGCCUGCCAGCACCAGACAUGACAUUUUCCAACCCUGAUGACUGCUGGGUUGCUGGAUGGGGAGACACGAGAGGUACCGGAGCCAAGCAGGUGCUUAACGAUCUCAAGGUUCAAUUCACAAAUAUAACGUACUGCAAGGAAGCCUGGGGACAGGACUUAAUUUUGCCAACACACAUGUGCGUUGGGGAUGGAUUGGAUGGAGCUUGCUUGGGAGAUUCAGGUGGACCGUUGAUGUGUCGCAAAGGAGGACGUUACUUUGUUGCCGGUGUGACGUCAUGGGGGCACGGGUCUUGCCAAAUUCGUGGGUAUCCGAAUGUCUACACGAGGACCAGCGAUUACACAGACUGGAUCAUCAAAACGAUCGAAUCUAAUUAACUUGGGACAGACAUUUAUACUGCGCGUGUGUUCGUUUUGUACAUUUAUUUAAGAUCACAAUUUAUUUUUGUAAAGUAUUUAUAAUAAAAAUCAGUGA